AUGGCAUUACCUGCGCUGCUUAGUGGUGCAGAAUGUGGUCCUUCUAACCCUUUGCAGAAUCUUUCCAAGAGAUUUGACCAAGAUCGUGGUGUACAACAGGACCUUUUCAGUGCGGCUCGGGCAAGUUCUUCUCGAGAGGGAUUUCGCUCAACAAUAACUAGCCCAUCAUUGCACGAUCACAACGAUGCAGCUCAAUUCUUUAACCCCUCGAACGCCUCUAGUAUCCCAAAUUUCCGGAGCGUUGAUGCCUUCAAACUAGAAUCACUUCGAGGAGCUCUUCCCCAACAAGAGCAACGAACGAUGACACCAGACUUGGGUUGGGCAGCAGACUUUAUCCAGAAACAACCCAUGAUGAAAGCCUCGACGACCCAAAAUGUCAGUCCGAUGUCUCCCAUUCAAGCAGAUCGCGUUCAAACACCAGUAACUGCCAGGACAUCCUUUCUCUCACCUGGGGGAGUAAUGCAGUGGAAUACCAGAAUACCGAUGUGGUCCGGUACGCAAUUCACUCAGCCUACGUAUAAAUCACCAGCCAAUCGCGACCAUGUUUCAUGGGACAAGGAAUUCGAUGCCCACCAAAUUGCCCAUCCAGAGACGUCGGAACAGUUGGUAGAAUCCGCUGCACGUGACGAACAACAACAAACACCGCAGGAUUCGGAUGAACUAUCUCGUACCGCUGGUCAUUUGCUCGACAUCGUCAAAAAUGAACAAAACCCCAAGUUUCAGAAUAGUCAGUUCCUCAACCUCAUGACGCAAUUGCGAGAUCGUAAGGUUGUUGUGGAGGGGAAUCAAUUGGUUGACAACAACGGAACUUCGUCUGUCACUCCUGUCGAUGUCAAGGGUAAAGGGAAAGCUGUUGAGCCUCAGUUCUAUGGGAACAAUGAGAUGGAACUUCUGGGAGAUCAUGGGAUGUAUGGUCCCUUACCGGGGCAACAGCGGCAGCAAUACUCAAAUCAAGAGGAGGACAACGAUACCUAUUUCCGACAGGAAAAUGCAGAAUAUACACGGUUCUGGAACGAAGUGAAUGCCACACAGGGUAUUCCGUCGAGCGGUAUGCAAUAUAGUUGGGACAAGUUACAAUAUGACUGGGACCGGUUUGAAGCCACGGAGCAUGGGAUUCGACCUAUUGCACAUUAUCAGUUCCAACAAAACAAUCCUUACCUUCGAAACGGGGAACAGGUCGUCCGUGAACGGGGUGAUGAACGGCUAGAGUCUGUUCUUGAGCUGGAGGCUGCCGUCACACGCGAUCCCACCAAUGCCCACGCAUGGUUUGAAUUGGGAGUGAAGCAACAGGAAAACGAACGAGAGCAGAAGGCUCUCGCUGCUUUACAACGCGCUAAUGAACUAGACCCCUCUCAUUUGCCUACCUGGCUAGCUCUAGCCAUCUCCAAUACUAAUGACGGUAACCGCGUUGGGGCUUAUGAUGCUGUCAAGCAGUGGAUAGUGCGCAAUGAACGACACAAAGCUGCCGCACAAAAAUAUCUUCAGCGCUUUCCCGAACCCAGAGAUGCACCUAUCAAGGAGAAAUUCAUUCAUAUCUGUCAAUGCCUGAUCAAUAUGGCACAAGCAAGCGCGGAUGAUUUGGAUGCCGACAUUCAAAUGGCAUUGGGCAUUCUUUUUUACACAGAUGAGGACUAUGCCAAAGCCCAAGAUUGUUUCAAGGCAGCGCUCUCUGCGAGACCCGAUGAUUGGCUUCUUUACAAUCGAGUAGGAGCUACAAUCGCCAACCAAGGGAUUGCAGAUAGCGCACUGGAGUAUUAUUACCGUGCUUUAGAGCUCAACCCCGCGUAUAUCCGUGCCAGGUACAACUUGGGAAUCUCUUGUAUUAAUCUGCGGAGAUAUGCGGAAGCUGCACACCAUAUAUUCAAUGCAUUGUCACUCCAGGAUGCGGACAAUAUACAUGACGACGAGGGUAUGAACGACGCUCGUGGAAUUACUUCCUCUACUCUUUGGGAUAGCUUGAAAACAGCGUGUUUGCACAUGGAAAGAACGGAUCUCGCGGGAGUAUGUGACCGUCAAGACUUUCAAGCAUUCCGAAAGGGAUUGAACACGAUUUCAAUGUAG